CCUCCAUCGACCCUGCCGAGCCUGCAAAAGAUAUACCGGUAGUGGUGACGAACUCGGAAAUCAUCGCAUCCUGAUGUCAUGCAAGGAAGGUGCUGGUCGGUUGGCAGCUCUUUCCUUGGCUUGGCGCAACUCCAGUGCAACGAACCCACAGACCUCGCAUUUCCAAGCGAUCACCAGGCUGCCCCCAAACAUGACAAACUUGUUGAACCUCAAUCCUAUCAUGAUUCGGGCAGCAUGUUGCUGCUGCGAUAUUCACUUGCUUGCAAUUUACACCAGCAACCUCAUCGACGGAGUCUGUAUGUUUCUCCACAAUAUGUGUGGUCACGAUCAUUGCCUAGGUGUACAUACCCUAGCCCGCCUGCACUGUCUGCAGGCAAGGAAAUUGAAGGAAUCCCUUUUGUCGUCGCAUUGCAACAAAGACAAUUUGGAUUCCGUUCUUUCUUCAUCCAGGAAGUCAAAAGAAGGCAGCGAGGUUCGUUCAUGGCUUCAUGCAAAUUGCCCUGGUUCCAGGUGUGGCAGCAAGGCGCAGCUUAAAGGCGUCGUUCCAUCGGACUCCGCAGCCAUGCUUCCGGUUGUUAAGUAUUCCCACUGCUCCCACCUCCUGUGAUAAUGAUUGGCGUGCUGCGUGAUAUUGUGUGCUAGUGGUCCCAGCUGCAACUCUUUCGCCGUCGACGCGCUGUUUCGAGCUCACAGUUUGACCAAACAGCCACCGUGGCUAUGGAAAUGUCAACAUUGUCACAUGCAGUUUCUAGCCUGCUCAACCGUUGGGCUGACAAGGCCAAGUUUGCUCAUUGAACAAAUAUAGUGCUGAACGGAAAUCACCGCAACGAACAAAGCCUUGGGACAACCCGAACUACCUUACCUGAGUCAUAUACACGAUGCCAAAGAUGAAGCC